AAUAAACCAAAUUUAAUUUUAUUAUGAGACCACAUGUUACAGGGGAACAACGAGGAAUUGAUUCGCCUAAGGGAAAAAAAGAUGCUCUGCGGAGCAAUCCUCUCAAUUCAUUGGAGGGGAAUCUGGCUAUGCUGGAAGAAGACCCUCUUCCUGGUAGGGAAGUUGAUCGGGGACUGUGUGGAUGAUUUCUGGCCAAGAUGGUGGCAGAAGAAAUGGUGGAGAUGGGCGGUGGGCGAGCGUCCAGGUCGACAUCCCCAACCUGCCUUGCCGUCACCGCCGUCGGAAAACUCUACCAGGGAAAAUAAUCGAAAGCGAAAACGUCAUAAAAAUGAUGAUUCCCUGGCAAUCAGGAGAGAUCUAGACCAUGGGAAAACCUCGAGAGCUUUCUCGGGCAAGAGAGGCAAAGUGAUUAAGAAGAUUGGUUGGCGAUUCACUCUCCCCCAAUUGGAGGAGGAAGGAAAGGGGAAUACAGAAGAUUGGUCCUGGUCGGCGGCCCUCGUCGACGUCUGUGCCCUCGUGAUCGAUGAUGGAGUCCGAUUCAGGGACAAAACGAUUCCCUGUUUCUCUCUCCGCGUCACCAAAAUCGGGAUUGUAGGAACUGCUUCCCUGUUUGUUCGGCGAUAACAGGGGAACCCGAUUCUUGUGGGAGUCCCGUAAUUUUCUCCUCGAUGUUCCGUUACAAGAUUGGAUACGGAAUUAAACCUAAUCGGCUGA